CUUUAUAUAGAUAUUAAGGCUCUUCGUUUUCGAAAUGAAAUGGAUAUUGACAGCUAUAUUGAUUAUUCUGAAGAAAAUAUGUCUGAAGAAAUACUUAAUGAUCAAGAGAUAGUAGAUCUUACAAGACAUUCGGAUGAUUAUAUUAAUACUGAAGAACCGGAUGAUAGUAUAGAAAUACGCCAAUUUACACAUCAUGAAGCAUUAGAUGCAUUAGAUACUGUUAAUCAAUAUCUUCUACAACAAAAUGACAACAUGAUCGAAUAUAUUAAUGCAAUUUCAAAAAUUAUCAAGAAAGUGAGAAGUCUCCGAAUUGGCACACUACGACAAACCAACCUUGAUUCAUUUUUUGCUUCAAGUUCUGUUAAUGAAAAUGAAUUUGAAUAUAAUUUAACCGAAGCUGACAUGUUUGAAGAUACUGAAACUGAAGAUUUUGAAUCAGAU